UAUAAUCACGUUUACUACAGCGAGUUGGGACUAUAAAUAGAGGCAAUGAUCAACUUGUUUGGACCACAGAGGCACAGCCAAUGGUUCUGAGGAGCAGAAUUGCACGCAGAAACCUCAAACGUAUAUACCCAGCUUGAUACAAGGCAGACCAAAGAGAAGAUGGAUUCACUCAGGCAGAUGAACAUCACUGGCCUCCUUGUGCUCUUCCUGUUUAAUGCAUCCCUCGUUCUUGGUAAGAUGAGUUAAAUGUAAGGACGAUGUCAUUUUGUUUUAAUUAUUUGCAUAGACGCUAUUGAAGAAAACAAUUGAAUAUAUUUAACAUUAUAUAAGAUGGUGCAUUCAAACUUUAAUACAUCUAAAUGGUAUGAAGAUAUAAUUUUUUGAAGAGGUAUAAGUUAUAACCGUAGCAAUAAUGCUGAUUAUAAGAAGGCUUGGGCUGCGAUAAAGCGUUUAAUUAGAUUACUGAGACAAAAAGAAUUUGUGCCACAAAUGCCUAACUCUGAAAAACAAUAUAUUUUAAAGAUUUAGCGAGUUCUUUCUUUGCUGCAACAUAAUAACAAACUGCAUUAAUAUAAACUAAAUUGUUCAUAUAAAAAUAAAAUCCUUACUAUUUAUAUUAACAUUUGAAAGUAUGCAACGAAAAGUAAUGGACACAUGUCCAUCACAAAAACAAAGAAAAGAGGAAAAAAAAUGAAAUGGUCGAAGUACAAGUUCAAGACAACCCGGCUAUGUACAAAUUGUGUCUUUGCACACUAACGUAAUUCAUAAAUCUUUCCGAAUUUUGAAUACAGCUUCAUUUCAGAAUUUCAACUUGAUCUUCUUCCUAAUUCAUUAUAUACAUGUAUAUUUUUCAUACAAUAAUGUCUACGUUUAAUAGCGAAAACUUGACAAUAUCUCUUGGGAGACUAUUUUAAACCAAUGUAUCUCCAAUGUCUACCAACUUACCGGAAACACAUAAACAAUGGAAGGUCCGUGUGCUUUUUACGUUGUUUUUAAUUGGUGACCACUUUGAAUCCUCAUCUGAACUCUAUGAUCAUCCUCCAUUUCCGUCAUUCCGAGCCACACGCUUCUCUUAAUAUAAAAAAAUCCCCUUACAUUCCCACCUAUAUUCUUAUAUAAGCAAAGUUCAGUUUAUCUACAUGGAUCAGUUCCAAGUAUGAAAAAAAAAUAAAAUCGUGAUUAAAAAAUAUGGGUGACCUGUUUCUACACAUACACACAACAGAGUUACUUUUCAUUUUUUGUACCGUGUUCCGCCGAAUGGAGAAAAGUGCAAAUUGCGUGUAUAGGACCAGAACGCUAAAUGUUAUAAUCUUACACAAGACGUUUCUCAACCUUUUUUAGCAAUCAUCAUGUAGAAGACACAAACUAUAAAGUUAACAAUCAUGUAGAAGAAACAUAAUUUUGCAGCAGCACAUAAUCACACAAUUAUUAAACUCAAAGUAAAACAAAAUUGUUCAAUCUGUGUGUCGACUGGUGAUGCCACAUCAUACCUGUGCCAAGCAUCUCUCUCUCUCUCUAUAUAUAUAUUAUAUAUAUAUAUAUAUAAAAUAUUAAACUAAGUUACACAUUAAGCACUUGUGUUGAUUACGCCAUUGUAUUUCAUUCAACCAAGUCGUAACAGGCCAGUCCAGGGACACAUCAAAACAAAUAUGUCAGAGUUCAGAUGAAUUAAGACUGCAGCUGGUCAAAUUGGUUGCCGCUAGUGAUGGAGAUUUGAGAAAUGAACUCUUAAGAAUUGCACAGGUAUUAAAACACAUCCAUUUCAUUUUAAUAGCUUUUUACUUUGUUUAUCGCUCCGCCAUUUAUGAUCAUUAGACAAUGGUGACGUAAUCUUUGCUAUGGUUUAUCUAAAGUAUAAAAUACACAUUUCCAUUUCCCGCUUGAUACUAAGUAUGCAUAUAUAUGUAUCAAUGUACGUACAUAUUAAUUUUAGUAUGUAUUUUAUUUACACUUAGGAAUAAUUAAGUUGCGUUCCCUAUAUUUCUAUAGAUUUUAAAGGAUAGAAUUCUUCUUCUAUAUAUUUUAAUUUGAGCCCAAGAUCAAUGUAUUUAUAAUUAUGGCUUCUAUGCAUUUAGAGAGGAAUUCCAAUGUUUCUGUGCCAGGUGUUCAUGACGAUAUUUAACUGAUUAGAAGUGCCACUUUGUGAGGGAAUCAUGCACUGGGGUUUGGAAGGCUUGAGGCAAUAGACGCAAAUGUGUCAAAUGUUGUCGCCUAAAAUGUUCCUUUUAAUAGCUUGUUCCCGUCCCUGAUUGUCUUUGGCUGAAAUGAGCAGUUCCUAUACUGGCUUCUCGCUGGUACAAGCUGGAACUGCCUGUCAUUGCCUCUUUGCUCGCUUAGUGGGAUAUGGAUGAGUUUCUGUUUAAUGCUGCAGCAGUGGGCCAGACCAUUCAUGCAUGAUCCGUAAAGUUUAUGUGACAAAACUUUUAAUUUGAAAGAAAUAUAAGUUCAAUCCAAAUCCUUAUAAUUAUAUAAUAUCAAUAAAUGCGGCCACGUUUUGGGAAAUAACAUUUCGGAUAUCAAAACAGUCCAACAGAGAGUUUAGUUAGCAUUAUUUUGAGCGUAAAUUAAAUGCAUUCAUUCCAUUCACACGAAAGCUCCUUUAUUGAACACUAUAUUGUAUAGAGGUGACCUGCAUAACAUACGGCCCUCUGGCAGCAUGUGUCCCGCCUGCACUCACUUUAAGGCCAUCGAAGUAACAAAUAGUCUUUAUUGUCAUUAUUUUCUUUAUAGCUUACCCCCAUGUUCUUUUUUCUUUUUUUCAUAAAAUUUUUCGACCUGCCGUACUUUUCAGCUGUGCAGGCCUGUUAUAGUAUAGUCAUCAACAGAAAAUACUAAUGUAUAUAAAAAUCCGAUUUAAAAAUUUUGACAAUAAAAGAAUUACUUAAAAAGACGAAUGUAGUUCAGCAUAAACUAUAAUGUCAGUUUGUUUUUAAAUAAACCAUUGCCACCAUACAAAAUAAAUCAAUAGUUGACAUUUCGCAUUACCUAAUCGGCUCAUUUCAUAUAAAGUAUGCAGAUAACUUUGACACGGGUGCUGUUUGUAUGACAAUAUUACUUACCUUUAGCAAAAAAUACGAUAUUAAUAAUUGAAAAAUUAAAAAUAAUAAAAAUCUGGUGGUUCGGAUAAACGAGAAAUAUUGAGCCAACUUUAAAAUGUACAUAAAAGGUCUCUAAGAUGAAACGAAGUAUUUAUUCAUUGAUUUGUUUAGGCGGCGUCACAAUGUUUGGAACCAGUUAACUUCGCAAGCAGUGGCUGGACGCUCGUCUUCCAUGGUCAAGCUGGUGUUGGCACGUCCGUUUUGGAUGCUUAUCAAACAGGCAAAGGGAUCCCAGGAAAUGUAGACGAAGGGUGUAUUAAGGUAUAACGUAUGAAAUGUAUCAAAAUAUUAUUCAUUUAUUUUACUAAAAAUAUUUAACGAUGCACAUUUAAAAUUUGAUUCUCUAAAAAAAAAAAUAUAAAUAUAGUUUUUCCUGUAAUUCUAAUUAAUAAAUGUGUAAGUUAAAGGAUGUUAGCUUCCUGCCUGAAACUUAGAUAGAUGGCUGUGCACCUUGGUUGGAGCGUGGACAUGCUGCCCUAACCCCUUUUUCAUCAAUACGUUAUAUAUCAUAAAUACAUAAUAUUGUGUUAGUCCGGGACGACAGUAUUGCUGCAUGUUUACAUUUCGUGAUAGUUUCAUUUAGAAAACUUUGUUAAAUUAGUAUGUUUGAAUUAAAGAACACAAAAGAGAGAAAAUAACUGUACAUAUAUUCAUUAUUCUUCCAAUUGAAUGGCAUAUAGCCGAUUCAGCACGAUGAAAGCUGUCAAAGUAGGAUAGAUGCUAUGAAGGGCAUUAGGUCAUGACCUCUCAUAGUUACAUCCUAUCUUUACAUUGUAGUGAUUAGUAAAGUGCAACGGGUGCUAUGAUGGUUAUUAGGCUUUCACUUGCACAGGCUAAUUACUAUUUUGACGUAAUUGUGAACAGUCACAGCACGACGGAUCGUAUGUAGAUAUUAGGCCAUGACUUAACUUAUGAUAUAUUGACGUAACAGUGAUUAGCCAGAGUAGAAGGGGUCGUGUCAUGGUUAUUAGGUCAUGACUGGCAAUGUUGUAUAUUAACGUAGUGGCGAUUAGUCAAAUCAUGACGUAAGGUAUGAAGUGUAUUAGGUCAUGAACUGUCGUAUUCUUUACUGACGUAAUCGUAAUUAGUACAGGACCCAUCCUCCAUGUGAUGUAGUAUUAAGUCCUGACGUACCAUAUUAUAUAUUGACGUAGAAGUUAUUAUUACCGGACCCAUUUUCAAGGCGAUGUAGAUUAUGGGGAAAAUGCGAUAUUUUAAAUGUAUGUGUUACUUUCAUAACCAAACAUGUAUUUUUAAAAGCAAUAAUGUUAUUCUUAGUAAAUUCAAUCAUUGUUUUACUGUUGGCGGCAUAUAGGUCACACCCUAAAAGCCACGUAAGGUAAUAGGAUGCUGAGUUCUUCAACUAACUGUAGCAUUGCAUAUAACGUAUUAAUAAUUUUAUAUUUGUCAAACGCGAUUGGGGAAAUUAGCAACGACAGCCGGCGCGAACGGAACUAGAGAGGCAAAAUAACAAAAAAAAUCUGUUUUGGAAAUUCUUUAGUUUGUACGCUUUACCAAAAUAUUGAAUGUGUGUACCUGACCAUUUCCCGGGCAGUAAGACACGGGCUGUUACCAGACUCUCUUUAACAGAAAUUGUCUUUAAAUGAUCGGUCGUCAAUUUAUAUUAUAUACUAGCUAAUAUAUCCAUCGUUUCCUGUGUUUGUAUUCGGACAAAUCACUUGUUUAACGUUAUAGGUGAAAACGUGGGCUAAAUUUAGGGCUUUGAAAUUGUUUCUACAAAGGACCUGAUUUGUAACAAUUUCUGUAAACAUUGAAUUUAAGGUACAAUUAGAUUAAUGUCAUCUUCCUUGAAUUGGAUUACAUAACUUUGUACGGUUGUAGUACAUGUUUCUUGACCAUCAUUCUGAGACGGUGUUCAAACCAAUCAAAAUGUCUAUUUAGCAAUACACCGGCUAAUUAAGAUGACACCAACCAUUUGUCUUUUUUCCUCUUUUCGCCUUAAAUAUCGUAUCUCGUUAGAAGCUAUUUUUUUUUUCUUUUGAGAACUUUUGUUCAGAGACCAGGUUCGACACCGUCAAAUGACAAUGCUAUUCUCAGAUCUCACUAGAAAAUAUUUUAAAGUUAUCGUAUGUUGUCUUUUAUUUAUUAGCUGAUCCUGAUUUUGCAGCAUUUAAAAUAAAAAAAAAUUGACAAUUUUUUAUUAUAACACUAGCGAGUACCCGGCAUGCGUUGCAAUGCCACUCAAAGAAAGAAAGUGUAUGCAUGUUAAUUAUGUUUUUUCAAGAGCUUUUAAAUACUCAAAGUUAUUCUUGUUUUUCCAUCUGGUAUAUACACGAAUAAACCAUAAGAUUUUCUGACGCGAGAGCAGGCCACAUACAUCUGUCCAUGGCCGAAGCAUGGGUUUUCCAAAUUUUGUCAGCAAACUUGUAGCGAUUGUCCUGUGCUUUGUAGAUAGUCAUUGUAGGCGCGUGUCGCAUCGGAAACAGUAGGCGUUUGAAUUCAAAUGGCAUAUCUGUUGGAAUCAUUGGGGUGAAUGGCAAAAGUACAUCACCUAGUUUACAUUUUCAAUUUAAAAUUGUAACUUAAAUGGAACCACUUUCGGAAGAUUCAUUUGAGCAAAUGUACCGUAACAAAUGCUUCAAUAUCAAAGUGCGUUUCUCGUUGCAAAUCAAGAGCGAAAAGUUUGUUUGUAGAUCGAUUCCGAGAGGUCAUUCCCAACUCAUGAAUCAUCAAUCGAUAUGAAUAGUAUUUCAUGGCACUGAUUUUCUUAUUCGUUUCUCAAUUUGAUGUCAAAAUGAUAUACAUCUUCUCCUUGCGAAAAUAAAAUAGGAAAUUGCAAUCAAUCGUAUGAGCGAUGAGUUUCUGAGACUCGCUGAAAAUCCCCACUUCUGCGAUGAAGAAUUAUAUCACGUGAGUUACAUUCUUCGCCAACUAUAACGAUCGCCACUUCAUCAAUUGUUGGUGCACUGUAUUGUCUUUCAUGUUGGCCGACAGGUGUUUAGUCUGCUCUAACUAUGACUUUGUAUUCAUCAGUUGGCAUCUUUACAAGUGCAAUUCUAUACAUUUCAAUUAAUUCGUUGUGUUGCAAAAUAACGUUUUCAUUGCAGCGAUGAUUUCUCGUUUAGUGCCCGUAUUAAUAUGACAACGUUGAUCGAUUUGUUCAUCAGUAUUCCCCAUGAAAUCAUUUGAAGACAUUGCGAUCUGUGUUUGGCAUUGGCAUCAGAGAUCCUACACGAUGGUAAAUUUGCCCUUUAUCUUUACUUAAAAUGUUGGCAUGUAAUUCUCGCGCACGAUAUUUGUUGCACCGAACGACGUCAUUUGGAAACAUGAAUUGCACUUGCGUAUGUUUGCCAAGAAAUGUUUCGAUUGGCUUGUUUCACUAGAUACCAACGAUGAUAAUGGUUCCGAUGGUGAAUGUAAUUCUUGCAACUUCAUUUUCCCAUCCGCGCAGCAAAUUCCCGGUGUUUCGUUUUUAAAUUUAAGGGCACUGCAAUACACGCAUAAUUGAUCUAUAUUUCCAAUAACCACACUUGGAUUAAGACUGUAAUCAUAAUUAGCAUCGUAAUUGAAUGUACUAAGAUUUAAUUCAGCGUGCAGUGUUCGUCUGGAUCGAGCAGUGCGUACUCUAUCGGAAUCCAGUCUUGUUUCUCGCUGCUCGAAUGAUUCAGACAAACGGGUUUCAGCAUUGCUUACUCGGCCGGUUUUGAGUCUUGGUUUCUGUUCCUCCACUGUUUCAGGUAAACGGUAUUGAGCAUUGCGUACUCGAGUGGAUUCUAGUCUUGCUUUCCGUUGCUCAACUGUUUCGAAAGAUCGGGACUACUUUUCCUUUCGUGCUUGAGAUUUAGAUUGGCCCAAAACUUUUUGUUUGUGUGGCAUAAUUGAUUUGACAGCGAAAUUAUUGCUUUGAGACAUCUGUUUUAAGCAAUGGUAUUUUACAAUUAACACAACUUUUUAGGUCACAAACAAAAUGAAAUAUCGCUGUUUGUAUUUGAUUCAAUUAAUUUACAAUAUUCCUAACGUUAAUAAUUUUCACAUGUUAGGAUCUCCGAUCUUUUUACAUGAAAACCUCGCCCAAUAGGUGCGUUCAUUGUUGGCAGGAGAUUUUCAGUUGUAUAGUUUCUCAUUAAUUUAUAAAUCGUAAAUUCCAGCGGUAAAAAAAAAUGACCAUAGCUCAAUACCUAUGUUGCCAUGUAUGCUAUUUAAUUACUUGAGAAACCAUCGAUUCAUGUAAAAUGUAUUUACAUAACACAAAAAAACUCCGAAAUUAUAAGACUAUAUUCAAGAAAUACUCUUAGUUGAAAAAAAAUCGCGAUUUCGAUGUCAUUUCCGAUUCUAAAAUACGUCACAAAUUCAAGCUUAUUUAUACAAAUAACAAAAAUACUCUCUACACUAAAAAUGUAAAAACGUGUUUUCUUUGCUUUACUACAAAUGUGUCAUUUGUUCAAGGGCGAUAGUUUUGAUAUCUCAGUUAUAAAUUAUAUUGAUAAAUCUCAUUUAAGAAAAUUAAUUGAAUUUAGGGUCCCCAGCCCUAAUUGGAAUAUUGUACAAUGGAUGUACUAAAUUUGAAAAAUGUGCCGGCGGAUUCAGUUACUUCCACACAAGCAAUGGCUCUGUUUGAAAUUAUAGUUACAAAGCUUUUAAAAGAAAAUAUGAAAUUAGGGUGACUGGCCCAAACGGAAUCUUGUAAAAUGUUUUUUCUAAUUUAGAAACAUUUUCGGUAGUGCGCACUUCACUUGACCCAGUUUUAUCACAAUCGAAUGAAUGGUAUAGAAAUGCAUACGAUAAUUAUAUAGAUAAUAGAAGUGUGGAUAACGAAUUUAGGGCCCUCCGCCACAAAUAGAAUAUUGUAGAAUUGUUGUAUUACUUCAGAAACCUACUUAAUAUGUCACACACUCAAUUUAAUAUCACUAUUUGUAUUUGAUUAAAAAAAUGCUCUGGCUGAUGGACAACAACUCACCUCAGUUUUAUUGCAAGCGCUUGAAUGAUGUAGGAGCGCAUACGGUUUGAAAUUAUUUUUAUAUAGCUCAUUUUGUAAGAAAAAACAUAGGGCACCUGGCUCAACACUGAAUAUUUUAAAAUAGAUGUAGUAAUUUAAGAACCUUUUAUGUGCGAUAGAACAACAUCUCACUAAAUUUUUAUCGCAUUCUGAAAAACGGUAUAGGAGCCCAUAGAACAUUAUUUUUUACAAAGCUCAAAUUAGAAAAAAAUAUGAAUUUGGGUCAACGGCCGAAAACGGAAUAUUUUAAAAGUGUUGUAAUAAAUCAGUAAUAUGGGUAUGUUUAUAGAUAAAAAAUCGUCAAGUUUUGUCGCAAUCGCAUGAAUGGUGCAGGAGCGCAUACAGGUCGUAUAAGAAAAAAAACGUAAAUAAGGCCGCUGACUCAAUAUGUAAUGUUUUGAACAGUUUAUAAUAAAUUAAAAAUCUUUGCGGCCAAGUUUCCAACAUCUCACAAAAGAUUUAUUGCAAUCGAAUAAAUGGCGUAGGAGCGCAAAUUGAAAUUAUUUCUUACAAAGCUCACUUUAGAAAAAAUACGAAUUAAGGGCCAACGGCCGAAAACGGAAUAUUUUUAAAAGUGUUUAAAUAACACAGUAAAAUGCAAUAGUACAUGGACAACAACUCACUAAGUUUUGUAGCAAUCGCAUGAUUGGUGUAGGAGCGCAUCCGGUUUAAAAAUAUAUUUAUAUAGCUCAUAUUAGGAAAACGAAUAUAAAUCCCACUGGCUCAAAACUGAAUUCUUUAAAACGGUUGUAAUAAUUUAGAAACCUUUAUGGACAUGCUGGCAACAUCUCACCAAAGUUUUAUUGGAAUCGGAUAAAUAGCGUAGGAGCGCAUAUGGAAAAUAUUUUUUUACAAAGUUCAUAGAAGAAGAAAAACGAUCUAAGGGCCAACGGCUAAGAAUAGAAUACUUUAUAAGGUUUUUAAUGUCUUAUUUAAAUGGCCAUUUAUUUGGACAACAACUGACCAAAGUUCACAUGAAUAGUGUAAGAGCGCAUAUGAGACAUACAGACAUACAAACAUUCAUUUUUAUAUAAAUAGAUGAACAUACCACCCUUAACAAAUAACGCAAUUGAUACACUGAAAUACUCACAAAUAUGCAACAAACCAUAAAUGGAAUAAAUGCUGUUUGACGAUUAUUCUCAAAAUUUGUAUUAUCCUUAACCAAGACACAAACUAUUUAAAGUUGGCAAGAAAUAAGUAGAAAUUAAAACCCAUUUUAGUGAACCGUUAAUUACGCCACAGGACUUUUCACGCAUGCAAAUAAAUCUUGUGAUACUUUUAAUAAAUUACAAAUCCCAGUUAUAACGCAGUGUAAUUUUUUUUUAUGAAAAUGGAGCGAAAAUUAUUUAGAUUUGUUAAAAAUAAAAUGGUUGCAUUAUGGAGACAAACAUGCUGAAGUUCGUUGGGAUAAAAAAAAAAAACAACAACAAAAUCAACAUAUAAAGUUGAAAGUUAUCGGCAUGCAAGUCAAUUCAGAGUCUAUAAAAACAACUAUAAAAAUAACUUACAAUCUAAGUGUAUAAAAGAUAGCUUACACUCAGUGUAUAAAAUAACUUACAAUCUAAGUGUAUAAAAGAUAGCUUACACUCAGUGUAUAAAAUAACUUACAAUCUAAGUGUAUAAAAAAUAACUUACAAUCUAAUUGUAUAAAAUAUAACUUACAAUCUAAGUGUAUAAAUAAUAACUUACGAUCUAAGCGUAUAAAAAUAUCUUACAAUGACUAAUUGAUUUUUUUGUUAAACUUUUAAAUCAAUUGCCAUAUUGAUUAAAUAUUUCACUGUGUGUCCCUUCCAUUCGGUUAUUGUUCUAAUUGGAUUUAAAGACCACAUCUAAUUGUUCAAAUAAAACUUUUAAUUGUAAUUUUUAUGUUGUAAAUAAUAACUGAUAAAAAAUUGUGUCCAUUUACCCACCACAAUGAAAAAGUAUCUCUCGUUCAAAUAUAGCAAUUUUAGUUAUCCUUUCGAUAUAUGCAAAUAAUUAUGACGCAAUUUCAAGUUAAUAUUUCAGAUGUAUCCAUAUCAAACUGGAGCAAUCUGCAAGGAUGUUGUCUUUUAAACUUUAAAAAUUCGGGUCCCCGGCACCAAAAGAAAUCUAUCUUCCAUACUUUUUUUAGAACUCAGGAACUUGGGAAUUGGGAAUUAUGACCAAACUGUCAAGGGACCAUAUCAAUGUAAUUAUUAAUGGCCAUAGAACAUGGCUUAAGAUCCAUUGUUUUGUUUUCUUGUGAUUGGUCGACUCAUCUACUUACAAACAAGAAACAAGUGUACCACAAGCUGUAUAUAGUAAAUAGUGUUAUAUUAAAACAUAUAUAUUUUAUGUUAUAUUAAAACAUAUGUAAUAUAUAUUAUGUAUGAUUUCUUUGGGUGCUCUAAUGAUUUUUUGGAUAUCUUUCAUCAAACAGUAUGACUCCGGCAAACCCUGUACAAGCCAUUAUCGAAAUGGUACGAUCCUUGAUGUCUGGAGAGGCGUAAAUGAAGUUCUCUUCGUCGUCUACAAUAGUGAAAGAAAACAAGUCAGGCAGAUUAAUUUCAAUGCUAUGAACUCGGACAAAAAUAGCUGGUUCCAAAAUAGUAAUGUCCGAACUUCCGAUUGGACAGACCUGGGGAAUACUCCCACAGAUAUUUUCAGCAUCGCGGGAGAAUCUUCUCUGAACAAAAAUCGACACUUCUUCAUUAGCCAUUUCAACAGAGAAUGUAACAUCAACGAUGGCUGGUUUAUUGCCUUGGACUCAAAAUAUGACGAAUGCUGUAUGGGUCCACAGAAUUUCCCAGUUUUUUUGUAUUCUUCUACGCAAACGUGCUCGCUUUGGAACUCAAAUGAUGUCGAAGCUGCGGAUGCGUUUGAGGUGUACAUUAAAAAUGACUAAACACCCGCACGCACAUUUAAGUAAGCCAUGAAAAUUUUGUGAUUAAACGGUUGCAUACGUUUAAAGAAAUGUGGGAUAUUUUUUUUGUUUGUAAAGCUUCUAGGCUGACAAGCAUUACUUUGAACAUGUAUCAACUUUUAAAAAAAUUUCUAAGAGAAUCCACUUUUUUUUUUAAUCUCUAGCUUUAAUGUUCAAACACUUUUUAAAAAAAAAAAAAAAAAAAUUUUUAUUACAAUUAUAAUAUUUUAAAAAUACCUUAUAAAAUAAACUUUGGCGUACCUGCGGGUAUUUUAAAUUUUAAAUCCUUUAUUUUUUCUAGCCGCCUACACAAUUUUAUAUCAUUUGAGCUUUACUAAACCAACUUAAUAUUGAGAAUACUAAUGUAAGAAACAUUUUUUUUUUAAACCACUGAUGUGCUUAUAAUUUUGAAUCAUUGUAGAAUUAUAUAUUUGCUUUUUCCUGGAAUGGUCUUUUAAACCAUUGUAAAAUAACGCAUCACUUAUAAUGAAAACUGAAACUUGAGAAAUGCUUGUUUAAAGCUUAUCUAACAUAAAUGUUUUUUGUUUUUUUUAUAAGAAAGAAAACUAGGAUCUUUUAAGAUUCCAUUCACAAGUUUGAUGUUAUUGAUACCUUUUGAAUGUACAUUAAGUGUUCCACGAUUGUUUACUCAAUUUUUCUUUAAUCUUUAAUUCUUUGAGAUUUCAUUAUUUAGUCACUUCAAUAACAGCGAUUUAAUCAUUGUUCUUGCCAAACGUCCGCUUUUGUAUUUCUUGUCGAUCUUUUUUUAUAUAUAGCACUCUAUUUUAUAAAGCUUAAUAGCAAUAAAUGUCAUACAGAAAUU